CGAACGAAGAGAGAGCCGGGAGAGCGCGCCCGCGCUCUAGUCGACUAUCUCAAUAGUUACUUUUCUCGCUCUCUGUCUCUCUCACUCGCUCUGCUUCCCUCUCUCUCUCUCUCGGUUCAUUCUCGUGGUUCGCUUUCGUCGUUCCUCCUCGUCGUCGUCGUUGUCGUCGUCGGAACGACCCCGGCGAGAGCGCACAGGAUCGCGAGAGAGCCCGCGACGCGCUUUGCAACACAUAAAACAUCAUUGUACACACUUCUAUCCGCUUAUACACAUAUAGAUAUCUGUUAAAUACUUGCUUGAGAAAAAAACGAAAGAAAAUCACACGUAAAAACUUUUAUCCCUGUCCUCGUCAAAAUUUGGGGAUUAAAAUAUAGAAAAAGAAAAUAAAUAAAAACGCAUCGAACUGUGUUUUUUGCCUGUGCUGCGUGUUUUUCGCGUGUGUGCGCGUGCUUUUGUGCAUACGUAUGUGUGAGUGUUUAUUUUUUUCUCGAUUCAUUUUUUCAUCACGGUGAAAAAAAAAUUAUGGAGAUAUCAAAAGGACUUCAGUUGGAGAUACAAUCGGUGCAGAGCAAACUGAAAAACGCCAUACGCGAUCAUCAGAUUUGCGUGGGGAAACUGAAAGACGAUCCGAACAAUCCAGACAUUCUUGACAGAAUCCAAGAAAUCCAACUCCACAUUGUUUCGCUCGGACGAUGUCAGAAGCAAGUUGUCCAACGCCUGCGCAAAGAAGUGGACGAUUUCAAGGCGGCGAACGCGAACGAUGUUAAAGUUUCGGUCGCCGCGCUCCUUGGGCUCAACAACAAUAAUCACAUAACCGCCAACAAUGAGUCGAGAAACGAUGACAUAUCUGGUGUCAGGGUUGCCAGCAAUGGCCUUGACAAUGUACGUCUCGCUACUGCAAAAGAAGACUACGAGGACAUCGUUCGAAACGGCGACGUUACCAGUCGCUGCAACAAGUCUCCCAAAAAAGGGAGGUCGGUCUCGGUGGAAACAUUAUCAGGUGACGACGAGGCCUCGACCGAACACGAGCAACGUGAUAAUAAACGCCAAAUGUCUGAAGAACCGCGGGUCGAGCGGAGAAUCGAGUGCUCCGAACAGCUUAGCUUUCUCAAAGUUCUCGGACUCAUUACCACACACAAAUCGACUGAAUUGCAGAAUAGGAGAGCCGAACGGAAACGUCGAAGUACCGCGAAUCCACAAUUCGUUUAUUCCAAUUGGGACGUUCCUACGAAAAAGAAACGCCACAGUUAUCUCCAGUCCGCGGGCAACGUUCCUCAAACUCGUCAGACGACGGCCCGUCUGAACGGGCCUUCACCACCGCCGAUUAGCAACAAACCAGGAAAUUUGGUCGUCCCGCCUAAAUCGACGUCGCCACCGACGCGCGCCUCUUCGAAAUCCUUAAUUCCGACGCAAAAAGCAACUACGAGGCCAAAUAUUUUACGAAACAUGUCGGAGAGCCGAGUUUUUCCGAAUAAAGCAAUCACUGCGAAAACGGAAAAUGAAAACGAAUCUGUGGCGCUGACCUGCACCGCGACGAAAACCAGCCAAUCUACGACCUCGAGCAAAACAGUUCACAUUCCUGGUUUACCCUCCGGUCUGACGAUCGAAAGGAUCGAAAAUGAUUCAGCAGUUUGCAUUAAUUGCAGAAAUCCUGGGAUAUUGACGAACUGUGUGAACUGUGAGGCGAAUUAUCACGUCUCCUGCCAUUCGAUAUCUCCACCGCCGCCGAGACUGUGUCCAAAAUGCGCUUCAAAAUUGAUAGAGCCAACGGCGGUGAUAAAGAAGAACGACGAGCUCGCUGCAGCAUCGUACGCGCCAGGAGUUGCUGGGAAAGCAGGAGAAGACCCAGAGGUCGAUAAAACGUCUCGUGGAUUUUAUAAAAUUGGUACAAAUUCGCGGCAUCAAAUCGUCGGGGCAAGUAGUUGCAUCAACAAGUUAUCAGGCUCGACCUUCCUCAUCCCGGUCGUGCCAGAGUCCCUCGCCUCGUCAAUAUCGAUCCCCAAGUCCAGGGGGAACGUCUCCGGCCUCGACGACCCGAGGCUCAACCACCUCGAGCCCGAUAACGAUAAGCAACGAGGAAACAACCCAUCAAACUCUUCUUACACGACAACAAUCUUCGUUAACGAUCACUCGUCAAGAUCGAGCGUCACCUACGUGCCACAAACAGACCCGAACAGCGUCUCCACCUAUUCCUACAAAUUGCCGAUCUUCAACCAGCCCCAAACUUUAUACGAAGCUACCGAGGAAUCAGAAAUCAAAAUCGAGCUCGGAGAACGAGGAGAAAAUGAAACUCGCCCAGACAACAACGAACUCCGAUAUCAAAACGGAAAAAAAAAUGGAACAGGGCUGGGAAUGUGCGACGAGGGAGAAGAGAGGAUCCGGGUCUCGCUCGGGGGUCCAGGUUGGAAGCAGAAGUUCGCCGGAAGUUUCGGGGAGUCGGGUAUCGCCCGGGGUUGGAAGAAGUCGUCGACGAGAGCAGUGCCCGGACUCACUCGAAUCGUGCAGUCAGGUCAGGAGAAGCGAGAGCCAGUCGCAUUUGUCGACGGGAACAACGACAACGUGGAUGAAUUACAAAAAUGCUCGUACAACGGCAGAUCUGCAGGAUUAUGCAUCGAGUCGCAGCAGCGGGACGGUCGACGAACUUACGGAGCUUCGGACGAGCGCAGAGAGGGGGACGAUUCCACGGAUGGAAAUGGAAAAAUCGAAAUCGGGAGAGAGCGUGAAAUUGAAAAUAAAACAAAGAGUCUCUUCCACAGUGGCGGGAGCGUAUACAGUUCAAAACUUGGUGAAUUCCACACACUGCUCUCAAGCCAUAACAAGCCCAAUAUCAUCUGCUUUGAUAACGAAACAUCAGGAUUCACCGAAAGAGGCUAUUCGAUCGGAAAAUUCCGAAACGAUAAAUUGUCAUUCGCCGAGAGCCCAAUCACCGGCGGCUCCGAGCCUUUCAAACUCUUCCCAUCAACCGAACACGUGAAAUUGGAAGAAGCGCAUUUAUCAGCGCCACCUAGAGCAAAGUUAAUGCGUAAAAUUGAAGAGAACGACAGAAGCACGCUGUCGCUCGGAGAUUCUUCCAGCAGAAGCGACGUAGCCAAUCGUCUGUUACCGAACCGCCGAAGAACCACGGAAGAGCGUCGUCCGAUGCCCCGAAUUCUCAUGAGAAACGAGCGGAAGAGUCUCGACUUUCGCGACAUUCUACCCCUCAGUUUCGAGGACCAGAAGAUUCAAAAUUCUCCGGCUUUUCUGAAAAAUUAUUGCAAUUCCUUCGUCCGGCUCCCGGACGGAGCGAACAAUCCUCCGGAAAUAGAGAGCAGCGGCUCGAGCGACACGAGCGCGACCGAAGACGCCUAUUCGCCAACCAGAAACUUGGAUGCCAGUUUAGAAACAACUCUCGAGCCUUCCCACGAAAAUCCUCGAAAAAAUGAAGAACUCGUAACCGAAGAAAGAAACGAGGAGGACGACGAAAGUCUCACUAACUCCGGAAUCGACGACGAGGAAACCGACGACAACGAAGAGGACGUCGAGGAUGAAGAAGACCAAGAUUGUCCGAUCGUCGACGACGAAAUUAGAGAGGACGGAAUUGAAGGACUGCGGAUUAGCACCGUUUCUCCCGAGAGCAUGCAAGUUCUCGAACAGUUCGAAAUCGCUAUGAAGCAAACUGAAAAUGGUGAUAAAACUGCCAAUAUUUCAAAUAGUUAGGAUUUAUAUUCGUCAGAUUAUUUCAUUCACUCUCCAAUAAAGCUUUUCCAUUGUUCGCGAGAGCACUUUCGGCUCUGGGGGACACGUAAAAAGAAAAAAGCUCACGAUUUCAUUUCGCGAUUCGGUUUUUAAUGAAUAAAAUUCGAACUCGCGAAUCGACCGCGUCUCCCAGACCCCGUUAGUAGAAGCGGGCAGCUAAAAAUUCGUGAGUUUCGAGUGUGAAACUCCUUUCUGAAUUGUCAAAUGGAAGAGAGUCCUAUCGAAAAUCCUAAACGUUUUCUUUUAAGAUGAAUUUUCACAACGAUUAUUCAGACUUCGAUAUACUUUAUGAACGAAAUUUUUGUUUUUUGAAACGUUGAUAUUUGAAUGACAGACACCUGAGAAUUUAAUGUCCGGGUCUGAAUAUCGUUCUCUGUAGAAUUUCUCGCUCUUUGGGAUUUUCGAUCUAGUUUUAAUUAGACGUUUUUAUUUCUCGUUUUAGAGAGCCCAACUCUCAUCGUUAAACUCGCAUGUAAUUACACGUAUUUUUACUUUACGUCAAUUUAAAAUCGUAGACAUUAAAUAACGAUAUCUUCGAAAUAUCACGACCAAAGUUUCACAACGAUCGAUCUCGAGUUUAUCUGACACACUCAAAUAUUGUUACCACAGCAGAUUUACGAGAAGUUUUCGUCGAAUGCCGCAGUUAUCAUUCGUAGGAUACUUUAUUAUUAUUAUUAGAUUUUCAGAGAGAAGACUCAGUCGAGUGGAAAUAUUUUGUCUGAAGUGCUAGGAACAGUCUGGACGUUUUUUCAUUCACAAAUCGAAAAAUUUUGUUAUAAAAUUCCAAAGUUUAUUAGAUAAAAUUGAGUAGUUUUUGAUAUUUUCACAAAAAAUUUGCUGGUUUUAUCAACAAAUCGAAAAGGGAUACGAUUUCGUGUACCUUCGAUUCCAAAUUUUUCAAACAUUUGAAAAAUCGCAUGUAACUUUCUGUUUCCCAAACAAAAACUAUUGUGUAAAGUUUUUCAAUCAAACUAUCAUUAUUCCUGUUACCACGUAUACGUAUACAGGGUGCUACGAUCGAUGGUGCAAGUGAAAACUCGAGCUCGUGGUCGAAGUUCGAUUUGAAAAGUCUAAUAAUGAAUUUUCAUCAAUUUUUCUUUUUUUUUCAACCUCCAUUGUUCACUCGUGAGCUCGGAGCUGAAUUACCGGAGAUAGAGAAAUGUCUUGAGGAACGUUUUUGUAGGAAAUUUUGUGCCCUUCAAAAUUGGUCCCAUGGGUUUUUGCUCCAUCUGCUAGGGCUCCAGGAGGCCUUUCGCCUUGGAAUUUCGUCCCGAGUUCGAGUAUCGUAUCAGCGAUCCUGACAGCUCCUGGAUAAUCAUUUAACUAAACGUAAAGAAAAUAUCAAUUCGUACUUCCUGUCACAACUUUUCGAAUAAAAAUCUAUGAUAUUUAUAGUAAAGGGCCAAUCGAGAUUUAAAAAACUGCAAGACAAAAAAACGCACAUAUCGUAAAGAAAAAGGAAAAGUUUCAAUAAAUCUCGAAGUGGUUAAAAACUUUGACUAAAUUCUCAACUAAAAAGAGAGAUUAACGAAAAAUUCAGAUGAAUUACGCUAAAAUUUACGAUUUCUCACGAAUUUAGAAUUAAAGAUUCAUCGCGCAUACCCUUUUGAUAUAUUUAAGGAUGCUGAGACUAGGUUGAAGCUCAUUUCUACAUAAAUAAAUUUAAAAAAAAGCAUUAAAAGAUAAAAGAAAGGACAAAACAUCAAUACCAAGCCAUAUUACCAUACUGCCUUAAUAGUGAUUUAAAAAUUGUAUUUUUCCUCUUAAAUUCGAGUUGCUGUAAUCAUAAAUUCAUUAUUUAUUCUUUAAUCGAGUAUUUCAAUGGACUAACGACCGAAAGGUUGUUUUCCCUUUUGGCGAUUGUGCAUUAAUAUGAAAAAAGACAUUGUCGUGAGUGUACAUAAAGUACUGAGGGAGAGUGGAGGGCCAAAAUAGUUGUAUUUUUAAGUUGAAUUAAGCGUAAAUAAAUUUUUUUGUUUUUCUCGUUAUUUCCCGUUCUCGCGGGACUAUCACGGAGACGAUAGUUUAUAAAACUGUGACACUUGUGCUCACAGCUGAAACGUUGCUCCAAGACGAUUAAUUCGUUUUCUAUUCUCAUCUCGUUAGUCUCUUACUGAAUUAUUAUCGAAUUUUUUUCCUCUACGUCGAUUAGCUUCGUGACUGACGAGCUCAGCCUCGAUUAUUCAUUGAAAUUGCCUAGAGUAAUAUUUAAAAGACGAAGAAAAACACGAACUAAAACGAAAAAGUAUUCCAAAUAUUAUACGACUGUGCUAAAUUGUUGACUAAAAUGUAGACGAAAAAGUGUGAUUGUCUAACGGAGAUAAAGCUAACAAAUGAUUCGUAUUUUUUAUGAAUAAACGAUUUGAAAAAUA